AUGGCCCAUACAGCCCCAUAUGGAUCCCAUACACAGCCCCCACCAUACAGCCCUAUACAGCCCCAUACAGCCCUAUACGCCCGCUCGCCCCCGCCCGACCCCGCAGUCUCCCCGCAGACCUUCGAGCAGCGCCGCUACCAGCAGUACACGUGCUACACCGUCUUCUUCAUCAGCAUCGAGAUGUGCCAGAUCGCCGACGUCCUCAUCCGCAAAACCCGGCGCCUCUCCCUGCUGCAGCAGGGCCUCUUCCGGAACCACAUCCUGGUGAUCGCCAUCGUCUUCCAGGUGUCCAUCGGCUGCUUCCUCUGCUACUGCCCCGGGAUGCCCAACAUCUUCAACUUCAUGCCCAUCCGGUUCCAGUGGUGGUUCGUGCCCAUGCCCUUCGGCCUCCUCAUCCUCAUCUACGACGAGAUCCGCAAGCUGGGAGUGCGGCGGCACCCAGGGAGCUGGUGGGACCGCGAGCUCUACUACUGAGGCUGCUGCCCUGCAAGGGGAAUGGGGGGGGGGUCUCUGCCCCCACCUCCUCCCCCCCAGGACACUCAGAACCCCCCCCACACACCAGGACCCAGGAC